CAUUGCCCAAUUCGGUCAGUGAAGACGAAUUAGUGGUGGGAAGUCGGAACCCACGGCUUAUUUUGCCGACAUACAAUCAAUCAAAAUUCUCACUUUUGAGAGGCAGAAGGACAUUUUGAUGUUUUAUUUUUGGAUCCAAAAGUCAUAAGAAAGAGAAAUAUAUAUUAAAAAAAAGAAUAUAAAAGAUCUGAAGAAUUGAGAGAGAGAAGCGCAUUAGAAAAGAUAAAGAAUGACAAAGAAGGCAGUGUUGAUUGGAUGCAAUUACCCAGGAACAAAAGCAGAACUGAAAGGAUGCAUAAACGAUGUGAGGAGGAUGUACAAGUGUCUGGUUGACAGAUAUGGUUUCUCUGAGGAGAACAUAACAGUGUUGAUUGACACCGAUGAAUCAUACACGCAGCCAACUGGGAAGAACAUAAGGAAGGCAGUGGGUGAUCUGGUGCGAUCCGCUGAGCCUGGUGAUGUGCUCUUUGUCCACUACAGUGGACAUGGGACUAGGCUUCCGGCUGAGACUGGGGAGGAUGAUGAUACUGGCUAUGAUGAAUGCAUUGUCCCAUGUGACAUGAACCUCAUCACUGAUGAUGACUUCAGGGAUUUUGUGGAUCAGAUCCCAGAAGGCUGCCGCAUAACUGUUGUAUCUGACUCAUGCCACAGUGGUGGUCUCAUUGAUGAGGCUAAAGAGCAAAUAGGGGAGAGCAUAAUAUCUCAGGAGAAGGUAUCAGACUCUGGCUUUGGAUUUAAAAGUUUUCUGCACCAGACUGUUCAAGGUGCACUUGAAUCUCGUGGAAUUCAUCUCCCUUCGGAGUUGCAACACCGUCACCACCGCCACCACAGGUAUGACGAAGAUACUGAUGACAGGGUAGUUGAAGGAGACUGUAGUGAGUAUGGUUAUGUGAAGAGUAAAUCUCUGCCUCUUUCAACCCUUAUAGAAAUGCUGAAACAAAAAACAGGAAAAGAUGACAUAGAUGUGGGGAAAUUGAGGCCAACCCUUUUUGAUGUAUUUGGAGAAGAUGCAAGCCCUAAAGUAAAGAAGUUCGUGAAGGUUAUUCUCGAUAAACUCCAACAUGGUGAUGGAGAAAGUGGCAGUGGAGGAUUCUUGGGGAUGGUUGGGAGUCUUGCUCAGGAGUUUCUCAAACACAAGCUGGAUGAAAAUGAUGAGGGUUAUGCAAAGCCUGCCAUGGAUACAGAAGUAGGCAGUAAGCAAGAUGUUUAUGCUGGGGCAAAUAAGAGGUCACUACCAGAUGGAGGGAUUCUGAUAAGUGGCUGCCAGUCGGAUCAAACUUCUGCUGAUGCUAGUCCUUCAGGAAAUGCCAGUGCAGCUUAUGGAGCGCUUAGCAACGCAAUUCAGACGAUAAUUGCCGAGACAGAUGGUGAAAUUACCAAUCAAGAGCUGGUCCUGAGGGCUAGGAACAUGCUGAAGAAACAAGGUUUCACUCAGCGACCUGGACUCUAUUGCUGUGACUAUCAUGUUGAUGCUCCUUUUGUUUGCUGAUAUGAACUGUUCGUCUGUUAUUAAUUGCGUUGUCGUGUGAGCUGUGCUUGUCUUGGCAAGUCAUGGCUGUUAAAUAAUAAUACCUUGAACAAAGCUGGCGUGUUUAAUAUUCCGACCAUUAAUUAUCUUUUUAGCAAAAGGAUAAUGAAACUGGAACCAUUGGAGUCGUA